AUGCUCAGUAAUGGGAAGAGAAUCGCUUACUCCAGAGUCCCGUCCAAAGACCUGCUGUACUCAGGCACCGAGGAGGAGCGCGGCAAGGACUGCGGCAAGGUCAAGACCCUGUUCCUAAGGAUCCCGGGUAAGAAGGGUUUUGGUCCUGCCGGGUGGACGGUGCAGAGUAAGAUCGAGAUGUACCUGUGGCUGGGACUGAGCCGUCAGCGCAGGGACUAUCUGAGCGGUCUCCCCAACGGCUUCGAGGAGAACAAGCUGAGCCCUGGGCCUGUGUCCUCCCCCCCCAUCAGCCUCACCUACAUGACCUCACCUCUGAGUAAGACCACAACAACACCGAGCAACACCUCACUCUGUCCUCCCCCCAUCAGCCUCACCUACAUGAGUAAGACCAAAACAACACCGAGCAACACCUCUUUCUGUCCUCCCCCCAUCAGCCUCACCUACAUGAGUAAGACCACAACAACACCGAGCAACACCUCACUCUGUCCUCCCCCCAUCAGCCUCACCUACAUGAGUAAGACCACAACAACACCGAGCAACACCUCACUCUGUCCUCCCCCCAUCAGCCUCACCUACAUGAGUAAGACCACAACAACACCGAGCAACACCUCACUCUGUCCUCCCCCCCAUCAGCCUCACCUACAUGACCUCACCUACAUGAGUAAGACCACAACAACACCGAGCAACACCUCACUCUGUCCUCCCCCCAUCAGCCUCACCUACAUGAGUAAGACCAUAACAACACCGAGCAACACCUCACUCUGUCCUCCCCCCAUCAGCCUCACCUACAUGAGUAAGACCAUAACAACACCGAGCAACACCUCACUCUGUCCUCCCCCCCAUCAGCCUCACCUACAUGACCUCACCUACAUGAGUAAGACCACAACAACACCGAGCAACACCUCACUCUGUCCUCCCCCCAUCAGCCUCACCUACAUGAGUAAGACCAAAACAACACCGAGCAACACCUCUUUCUGUCCUCCCCCCAUCAGCCUCACCUACAUGAGUAAGACCACAACAACACCGAGCAACACCUCACUCUGUCCUCCCCCCAUCAGCCUCACCUACAUGAGUAAGACCACAACAACACCGAGCAACACCUCACUCUGUCCUCCCCCCAUCAGCCUCACCUACAUGAGUAAGACCACAACAACACCGAGCAACACCUCACUCUGUCCUCCCCCCCCCAUCAGCCUCACCUACAUGAGUAAGACCACAACAACACCGAGCAACACCUCACUCGGUCCUCCCCCCAUCAGCCUCACCUACAUGAGUAAGACCACAACAACACCGAGCAACACCUCACUCUGUCCUCCCCCCAUCAGCCUCACCUACAUGAGUAAGACCAUAACAACACCGAGCAACACCUCACUCUGUCCUCCCCCCAUCAGCCUCACCUACAUGAGUAAGACCAUAACAACACCGAGCAACACCUCACUCUGUCCUCCCCCCCAUCAGCCUCACCUACAUGACCUCACCUACAUGAGUAAGACCACAACAACACCGAGCAACACCUCACUCUGUCCUCCCCCCAUCAGCCUCACCUACAUGAGUAAGACCACAACAACACCGAGCAACACCUCACUCUGUCCUCCCCCCAUCAGCCUCACCUACAUGAGUAAGACCAUAACAACACCGAGCAACACCUCACUCUGUCCCCCCCCCAUCAGCCUCACCUACAUGAGUAAGACCACAACAACACCGAGCAACACCUCACUCUGUCCUCCCCCCAUGAGCCUCACCUACAUGAGUAAGACCAUAACAACACCGAGCAACACCUCACUCUGUCCUCCCCCCAUCAGCCUCACCUACAUGAUGAAGCAGAUGUUCCAGCUGCGUGUGCACAUGUACCAGGCUCGCAGUCUCUUCGCCGCAGACUCCACCGGACUCUCCGAUCCUUUCGCCAGAGUCUUCUUCUCCACACAGAGUCAAGUCACUGAGGUGCUCCCGGAGACCCUGUGUCCGACCUGGGACCAGCUGCUGGUGUUUGAAAACGUGGAGUUGUUUGGAGAAGCCACAGAACUCAGAGACGACCCUCCGAUUAUCGUCAUCGAGAUCUACGACCAGGACACAGUGGGGAAAGCAGACUUCAUGGGCAGGACCUUCGCCAAACCUGUGGUCAAGAUGGCCGACGAACACUACGGCCCCCCACGCUUCCCUCCUCAGCUCGAGUACUACCAGAUCUACAGAGGAAACUGCACCGCGGGAGAGAUGCUAGCUGCCUUUGAACUGCUGCAGAUCGGACCCAACGGGAAAGCUGACCUGCCGCCCAUCGAGGGCCCCUCAGACCUGGAGAGGGGCCCCAUCCUCCCGGUGCCUCUAGGGAUCCGCCCGGUGCUCAGCAAGUACCGCAUCGAGGUCUUGUUCUGGGGCCUGCGUGACCUGAAGCGUGUGAACCUGGCGCAGGUAGAUCGCCCCCGUGUGGACAUUGAGUGCGCAGGGAAAGGCGUCCAGUCCGCGCUCAUCCCAAACUAUCGCAAGAACCCCAACUUCAGCACGCUGGUCAAGUGGUUCGAGGUGGACCUCCCAGAGAACGAGCUCCUCCACCCGCCUCUGAACAUCCGUGUGGUGGACUGCCGUGCGUUCGGACGCUACACUCUGGUGGGCUCUCACGCCGUCACCAUGCUCCGGAAGUUCAUCCACCGCGGGGACAAGCAAACCAACAACUGGAACACCAAUGAGGAGAUAGUUGUGGUGAACGCUGAACCUGAAACCAACUUUAAGAAGAUGGACACAGUCGUCAAACUGGACUCAGUGAGUUCAGCCUCAAACACAACACUCGCUUAG